AUGCAUGUGAUUUUUCUUCUUGGUUACUGGCUUGAGGCAGAUACAGGAGACCAAUCCACAAAGAUGCAAAGCCCACUCAUGAAUUUUAGCAUUUUGGUCGUCGAUGAUUGCUCUACUUCACUUUCCAUUGUUGCUGCGAUUCUUGGAGCUUGGAGCUAUCAAGUUGUGACCGCAAAACACCCCCUCUAUGCUUUAUCCAUUCUUCGAGCAAGAAAGUGUUCUUUUGACCUUGUCAUGACUGAUUAUCACAUGCCCGACAUGAAUGGUCUCGAGCUACAAAGGCAUGUCCGAGAAGAAUUUGAUCUGCCGGUGAUCGUCAUGUCGGGGGAUGAUCGACAAUCGGUGAUAUUAAAGAGUUUAGAGGCAGGAGCCUCCCUCUAUAUUGUGAAACCGGUGAGGCCGGAUGAUCUGAAAAAUAUUUGGCAAUAUUGUAUUGCAAGAAAAAAGGGAAAAGCAGUUGUCAUUGAGGAAGGAGCUGCAAGUGCCUCAAUUGGUGCAUCACUAUAUCAGAGAAUUAUACAUGAAGGUUUUAAUAUUCCUGCCCAACCCUUGACUUUGGAAAAGGAAGGCAGUACACAAGAUCCAAAUGGGAAGAAAAGGAGCAGGGACGACGACGAAAAUGAUGGAGGAAUUGAUUACUCAAUGACCCCUCCAAGAAAAUCAAAGGUGGUUUGGACAACUGGGCUUCACGAUCUAUUUUUGCAUGCUAUCAACUACAUAGGACUGGACAAAGCUGUUCCCAAAAGGAUUCUUGAGUUCAUGAACAUCCCUGGAUUAACUAGAGAGAACAUAGCCAGCCAUUUGCAGAAGUAUCGCAUAUUCUUGAAGAAAGUUGCAGUUGGAGAUAAUGGCACAGUCGCACCAGGAGCAAGAGCAAGGAACUCUUCCAGAGAAGCCCAAAGUUCAAGCUCAACAUCGCACCAUCGGCCUCGAUGGUCGGCCAGGAACGAUGUCCAACAUCAAAUGCCUCCUGAUAGUUUUCCAAGGAGGCAUCCCCAGCCGCCCCUUCCUGAAAUAAGGCCCCGAGUGAGUACCCAGGCACUCAAUGGCCACAACAGCAGUGCCACAUCAGUACGAUUUCCUCCUCAAGAUGCCUCAGGUGUCGGCCUUUCCAUCUUUAAGGAUCCAAUGUUUGGUAAUUCCAGUGUCCACAACAACCCCUAUCCAACCAAUGCCUCGAGUUUGCAAGUGAUUAGGCCCAACACUGGAGGUCUUUCCAUACCGAAGGAUCCAAUGUUCGCCAACUCCAGUGUCAAUGUCAAUCCUUAUCGAACCUAUGCCUCAACUUCGCAAGCGAUCCUGCCCAACGCCAGAGGACCAAGGAACAUACAAAUUUCAUCUUUCGGCCCUACAAAUGUCAUAACAGGCCUCGCAAUUGCCCAGCAAGUGUACCCUCCACAGAAUCAUUCUUCAAGUUCAGGUGCUUUCAUGCCUAGCUCGAGCAACAUUGCUCAUUACCCUUCUGUCAAUUCAAACCCCACCAAUACCAACUUCUGUGGUACUCAGAUGACUGGAGGUGGUGGAAAUACGCUUGAUGGUAAUAAGGGGUUCAUGAGUCCCAUUGGCUAUGAUAAUUUUGGGACUUCCUCAUCAAAUUUUGGGGAAGGGAGCUCGUCAGGGCCUUACAUUGUUCAAGAAGGGCAAGAGCCUCCCUUUGGAUUUCACAUAACUGAGCCAUUGCCACCACUUGUUUCUCCUGCUGCUAAUUGGCCUGAGAGUCCUCUCUUUCAACCAGCACCUACAACGCAACCACCUGUUGCAAGUAUUCAGCCCAGAAAUGCUCAUGAACAAGAUGUGAUGGAAAAUGCUCCCAUAGUUGUGAAUAGCCUUGAUCAGCAACAUUAUGGAGAUGGUGAUCUGUUUGAUCUCGUUUUCAAGCAAUCGGCUAAUAAGGGUCAGGAAGGAGGACCCCAUCAGGGAGUCAUUAGUUCCUCUCCUGGUACAGGCAUGAACAGUCCCAGCAAAGAAAUUCAGCGAAUUGAAAGUUCCGAUUCAUGUUAUCAACUAGAGGAUUUCGAUCCCUGGAUUGACGAGGACCUUGGCCAGGCAUGUUUGAGCCCCAUUUCUUCUUUGAAAUUUACAGUCGUUCGUUAA